AUGUCUCCUGCAACUCCGUUGUGCGUGAAAGAGAUCGGUUCUUUGGAGACCGGUUCGGCCUCCGCAGGCAACCGUUUCUCGGCAGAUGGAGUGUUGAUAGUUGUGGUUCCAGGCCACACCUACAUUCCUCCAUCCAGCUUGGAGGACUUAUGUGAUCAGUUGCAACUGUUGUUGCCAGAAGAUAUGGUUUGGGUACCCAGCAUGAGCAAGAUCCCUGACGGGGUUCAGGCAGCUUUGAAGGAGGAUGAUCUUGAUUUCGCGGCUUUACAACUGGCACAAGAGGUAUCGGCCAAGCUGGAUGCCAUUGAAAAAGAGAUCGGAAAAUCAUUUUCACUCAGUUUCUGGUGCUUGGGGACGGGUGGGCUAAUUGCAAGAGCAGCCCUGGCGUGGCUUACAUCCCGUCAUGAGAAGUUGCUGACGUUUAUCUCUUUGGGUACACCGCAUCUCGGCCUCUUUGUGCCCGGAUUAUCCUGGUGGUACUGGUGGCGAGUGGCCGUUUGGAGGUCAUGUUCUUCGAGCCCACUUUGGCUGGAACAGGUCAUGCACAUGGAGGGCAGACGUGCCCGUGGAUCUCGGUUGCAUCGUCUCUGCCAAUCUGGCAACUUCCUUGAUUGUUUCAAGACUUUGGUGUUCAUUGGCAGUGGAACAGAUUCCCUGGUGCCCCUGUCAUCAUCGGCGCUUCACGUUUCAAGUUGUGAUGUCAGCAAGGCUCCUGAAGCACCUCGUCCAGACUUGUCUCAACCUAUACCUUCCUCAAGGAUUCUGUUAGUCUUCUUUCCAAUUCUGUGGUUGGCGCGCCUGCGAGCCUGGAGCUCGCUUCUUGUGGUAUCGAUUGGAAUUCUGCUUGCUUUGUUGCUCCCGGCUCCGCCAGGAAAUCUUGGCCGCAGGUUGAGAACUGUAAAGUUGCAGUUGCACGACUUCUUGAAGACAGUUCGUAGGGAGGUUGAGCCGGAACUGGACAGACACUUCGCGCAGUUGCUUGUGUCAUCUGUGGCCGAGAAGCUGGUGAAAGUGGAGGUGUGGCCUGACAAUAGCGGGUGGAGCUGGUGGUUGGGACAGGGCUUCGGUUCUCAUCUGCUCUCUGAGCAUGAGUGGAUCAAGACUUUGGUUCAACGCUAUGGACCUUCGUUGACUACCCAUCGGAAAAAGCCCCAGUCUUUUACUUGCAGGGUGUUCGGCAGUGAAGAAAGGCCGGUCACCAGGUCGCGGCCUGUCAUGGCAAGCACCCCGAAGCAAAAGUUUCGGCCGUCGCUGGGUGAGCCAUCGCGCGUCAGCAGACUCCGGGCACAAUCUCCUGGUGCCUCUUCGGUGGGUUCGGGUGAGGACAUUGGUACUUCACCUCGCAGGCGUGCGCUGUUCCCGAGCGGUACAGGGCGCACCCGCGCACUCGUGAGCUCAAGGCACUCUCGCGACCCGAGACCAGUCGGAGACAGAGCCUUCACUGCGCAAUGCGCCAAGAACGUGGUGGAACUCCUCUCUGCUCGGGGAUACUCCAAGACGUUCUCACACGACAAGCUCCUCAAGGAUCCUUCCACGAAAGAGUUCUACGACGUUUUUCGCUUCUUGAUUGCCCAGUUGGACCCACAGUUGGAAGUCGAAGGCAAGAUGGAAGAUGAAGUACCCAGUAUCAUGCGGCGGUUGAAGUAUCCGGUGGAAGUGAAUCGAUCCAAGCUUCAGGCCAUCAGCGGUCCGAAUACUUGGCCGCAACUGCUGGCGGUCUUGGACUGGCUCACAGUCCUUGUUCGCAUCAACGACGAGCUGAUUGAGCCGUUGGCAGCUUGCCAACUUGGGCUUUCAGAUGUGGGAGACCCUGACCGGGACGCAGGAGAUCAUCACGUUCUCAGAUCCUUACAUGAGAACUACUUAAACUUCUUGAGUGGGAAAGACGACAGUGGUGACGAAGAGAGGCUGCGGAUGAUCUACAUGCAGCGCCUGGAAGCCCUGCAGGCAGAAAUCCAACGGCUAGAGAACCAGCAGGUGGAAAUGCAGCAGCGGUUGCAAGAUUUCCACGGAGAGCAUGACAGGUUGCUAGAACUCCAGAAGAUGCCUGCUCAGCUUGAAGUGGAAGCCGAUCGCUUGCGCAGCAUCAUCCAGGCUCAAGAGCACAAGGUGCAGACCAUCGAGGACGAAAUGGUGUGCAAGGAGGCCGAAGAGCGCGAGCAGCAGAAGGAGAUUGAGACAUUACAGGCCAAGCGCGCGUACCUGGCGGAGCAGGUGGAGAGCCAGGCGUACUCAAGGAGAGACAUCGAGCGCUUGCAUGCCGAACGGUCCCAUCUGCGGCAACUCUUCAAGGAUUUGAAGGCAGAGGGCGAACGGGCCGAUGAAGAAGUAUGGGAGCUUGGUAUGCAAGAGAAGAGCCGAGCUGAAGAGAUCGGUCGCCUGGUCCGACAGGUCAAUGAUACGGUCGAGUGCUUGACGCAUGCCCUUACCGAGGAGGAGGCCGAUAUCUUUGACUUUCGAGUUCGUGUCGACUUGUCUGAGCCAAGUGAUGCUCUGGCAUCGCUGGCUUUCGACGAUCAAAAAACCUGGGCACAGGCGGCGUCUUCCUCCCAUGGCGAGCGGCUUCAACAAGCGGAGUUGGCACUGCACGAGCUCCUCGAGGAACAGCGUGGGCUGCAGACCUCUUUGGCCGAGAAGGAGGGCGAAGCCCGUCACAUGAGGGCGCGGCACGAGCAGCUUACGCGCAUUUACCAGGAGUAUCGUGAGUGGAGUGCUUCUCAAAUAGACGAUGCCCAGAAGACCACGGAAGCGACUGAGGAUGCUGUGCACGAGAUUUCCAUCGGAAGUGCAGCUCCUUCGCUGAGAGAUGCUGCGGAGGUGGACAAGCUGAAGUUGACCCUGGCGUCGGUGCAGACUCAGGGUGCGCACGAGCGGGCGCAGCUGGAGGAGCAAAUCCGCCGGGAUGAAGAGCGUUUGGAGGAACAUCGGCAACUCAUCAUGCGAGAGCUUGACAGCUACGCGAAGGCUUCGACUGCACUCUGCGAGGAUGUGGAAGCCGCCUUGCUGGUAGAUAUGGCUGUGGAAGUGGAUCCGAAUGCCACACUGACCCUCGCUUCCACGAAGAUCUACCGGACAAACCAGGAUCUUCCAGCAAUUCAGCGCAUUUCAGUCAGGAUCAGGAAGGGUGGGCUUCUCGUCCUCGCUCCUGAUCCCUUGGUCCCGUUUGCCAGCUCGCAGUACUCUCAGCUUAUGCGCUUCACAUUGACACCCGACACAGAUGCCAGCGCUGGUGACGGGGCAUCUGCUGUCAUCGUGGACUGGCUUGGUGCAGGCAGAAUAGCUUCCGGAGAGAGGUGGGCUUUUGACGAGUAUGCUUCUCGCUUCGAGUUUGUUUGGGAGGAGGGGUCUUAUGACACCAGCGAGGGCACUGCAGGAGGCAAGGUCAAAAGACCACGCCUGGUAGAAGCAGUGCGUCUUCGAAGAGAUGACUGCCAUUUUUUGGACCAUCCGCUUCAGUCGUUUGAUGCUUUUGUCACCAUUUUUGCAUGCGGACCGCAAGCCCAAAGAAUAGUAUGCAGAACCAAAGCAGUCGCGUUGCUGCUCGCCGCUCGAGCAGGCGCACGGGUUAGGUCUGAAGAGGCCAGUCGAUCUGGAGGGGGCCAUCCUAGCGGUCCUAGCGAUAUAUCGUUGCCGCAGACGAAAGGUCAAGCGCUCAUGGGAAUAACGACCGAUGAGAAUUCAGGAUGUACGGUAAUAAGACUUGUGGCUGAACACACUGAAGACGUGUAUCGGCUUCUACAUGUUUGCCUGGAACCCCUUGCGAGCUUGCUGGGUGCUGAACCCUAUGCCGAUCGAGUACAUGGUGCUGGAGUGUUUCAGAUCGUUCAGACAAAAGCCGGUCCGGCAUCAUCUGCAGAGCCAGGACAUCCCAAGCCAGCGUUGUCUCAUGAGCUGAACCUGCAGCAGCAGUUUGCUUUGUGUCACCUGACUGAUGCCACCCUUCCGGUUGGUGGCUUUGCUCACUCUGGCGGUAUCGAAGCGGCCGUGCAGCUGGGUCUGCUGAGCCGGCAGGAAGGUGACAUCGACGGACUGAAGCAUUUUAUCAAGAUGCUCGCGCUCUCAGCUUUUCGACUGCAAGGUCCUUUUGUGAGAAGUGCCCACAGGCUGGGUGCUGAAGCAGAUGGUGUUCCCGUGGACUUGAACGAGCUCGGCGAGCUGGGCAGGCUCGACGAGGAUUUGCAUGCCCAUCUUGCAGGCAGCUUGGCCUGUCGGGCCUCACUGCUGCAAGGUGCCGGUUUGAGUCGCAUCGGUCGCCGCUGGUGCAAUUUGUCAGGGCUGCCAAGAAACGGUCACUUUGCGAGCUUUUUUGGUCUUCUUUGCGCAAGGCUGGACCUACCGCAAGAAGUAAGCGUGCAGGCUUUCCUUUACUGCAAUGUUCGAGAUGCGGUUUCGGCUGCAGUUCGCUUGAACCUGGUCGGACCUCUACAAGCUGCUGAACUGCAGCGCUGCAUUCUCGCCGAUCUGGAGCAUUUGCAGGGAGAUUGCGUUGGCGAUGAGCCCUUCGGGUGCGCUCCGCUCGUAGACUGUGCACAUGCUGCUCACGAUCUGCUUGAAGCGCGCCUCUUCCUUACCUAG